AUGUACAAACUUGCAGCAAGGGGAGCGCUCCUCGCCACCGCUGCAUGUGCUGCAGCUGCACCGACUGAACGGCAAGCGUCCCGGUUCACAUACUAUCCCUUAAGCACCACGCUGGGCUCACCGUGCGACAUCACCACGGGCCUCGAUGGCAGAAUAUACGCCGAUACAUUCACAUCCAACAAGAUCGUCCAAAUCGACAUCCCCACUGGCCAGCUGCGGGAAUUCGAUAUCCCCUACAAGCUUCCCGUCUUGGGCAACUCCGUCCUGCCAUCCGACGUCCAAGGCCGAGUAGCACUCUCAUGCGUAGUACAACCGGGAAAAAAUGGCAAAAUCUACGCUGCCACAGGCGUCCGCAACGAAUUUGCCAUUUUCGAUCCCAGCACAGGCAACGUAACCGUCCUCGAAACAGGAAACCCUCUCGGAAAUCUCCAACCUUUCAACGACGCCUGGCCCGGCGAAACCGGCAUGUUCUUCUCCCAAACCACCGCCAACGUAAUCAAUCUCAUCGACUACGAAACCAACUCCAUCCAAACCUGGCCCGUUCCCACUCCCCUCUCUGGGCCCCUCGGCAUGAUUGUCGCCUCAGACGGAAAUCUCUGGUUUGUCGAAAUGCUCGCCAACAAAAUCGCUCGAUUAAACCCUUCCACUGGAAUCAUUGAUGAAUGGCCUCUCCCCCUUUCUCUCCUCACUCCCUCUGUCAUGCGCGCCGAAACAGAAGGCCGUUAUCUCUGGUUCACAUCCAUCGCAGGAAACGCCCUCGGCCGCUUCGACAUGUUCACAUAUACCGCGCAAGCAUUUCCCAUUCCGGAAUUACUCGCAACACCGAUUGAAAAUACCGUCGAUUCGAGAGGCAAUGUCUGGUUUUCGACACUGUUGAGAAACAGUUUGAAUUAUUUGACGCCUGCUUCGGGGGAAUUUACGUCGAUUAAACAGCCCGGUGCGGAUGUGAGUGUGUUGCCGCUGUUGUUGCCGGAUUUGCCCCCGGCGGGAAAUAUUGCGGUGCAUUAUAAUGCGGUUGAGGAUGCGAUUUGGUUUAGUGAGUUGGUGAAUAAUCGGAUUGGGAGAUAUCAGAUUUGA